GAGGGCACGAAGCGCUACGACGGCUCCGGCAGGCCGCGCCUGCACGUUCUUUUCUUCGCGGACGACGACGCCAUGGCGAACGUGGGAUUGGGGCAUCACCUCUUUGCGACCAAGCCCGACGGCUUCUCGGACGACCUGAAGGGCUAUGUGGACGGAUCGCAGCUAAACAAGCACGGCGACGCAGAGAGCAAAUGGCCGAUCUGCCACGGCCCGUCGGGGGUGCACGGCGACGAUGGUGUCCUCCAGCUGAAGCACACCGAGGAGGACCACGACGCGGGCCUCCGAGCGUACUGCGCUGACGUAAUGGACGGGCUCCCUUGCCAUCAGGACUGGCAGACCAGCGACGGGGAGGCCAUGCUCCUGCAAUACGUGUCAAAGUAUGUGGCGAAGUUCUCGGACAGCAGCUACGACGAGUGGAUGAGCGACAAGGCCUCCGCGGACAGCGUGGCCAGGCGCGUCUGCUUCGAGUACCACCCCAACGAGCCAGAGAUGAUCCUGCAGCUGUGUGGAGCGCAAUUCAGACAGUACGACAUCUCUACGGUCAGCGGCGGCUUCCGCACCGUGACGGCGCCUUACUCGGGCAUGGCGGAUGUGCCCGACUGGGUCCAGAGGUAUGUUGACUGCUCGUGGCGCCACGAGGGCAUGGCGCUCUUGGAGUGGCUUCGGAAGACUACUGACGACGGCGCCAUCGCUGGAUGGCUGAAGCGCAAGCACAAGCAGGAGCUGGUGUUGGCCCUGCACAGGCGGUGCCGCGCGACCUUGCCCGAGGGCGAGGAGCCCCGGGCGCUCGACGCUCACUGGCGCUUCCUGCGCGCUGAGUACAAAGGCAUGGCCGAUGCUGAUGGCGGAGGUAGCGGGAACAGUGACGAAGCCUCCGGCGCCGAGGACGAGGAGCAGCCGAAGACCUUCGAGGAGUUCCUCGCGAAGAAGCACAGAGACGAAAAGAGCGAGGGCGAGGACGACUUUCCGAACCUCAAGGAGUUCGCGCGAGCCUUCCGCAUGCAGGGCGAGAAGGUGGUCAGCGUCGACACGGUAUACGAGCUCAACGACCGCUACUACGGCCAGUGGGCUGCAAUGAACGUGCCGUUCCGAUCGCUCGACGAGCUCGAGUUCGAGGAUGUCAAUCGCCUGGUUCCGCAGAAAUACAAGUAUCUCGCGGCGGCGCUGCGACUGUGCUCUGACCAGGGCCGCGUCGCUGAAGGGCACCAUGACUUGUUCACCGAUGACAGGCGGCUCGUGGACUACAUGAGCGCUUCCGCGAAGUCAAGCAAGUUCACGGAGGCUGUGCAUCGCAUGAUCGUGGGGCAGCGGAAGCUGAUCAACAUGUACCUGACGGGCAUCAUCGACAAGGCCGACGAGAAGGCCGCGGCCGACGUCGAGGCCGCCGUCAUCGGCAACCGCAGGCCAGCGCGCGACGAGGGCCAGGAGGAGGUCGACUUCAACCCGAAGCAGCUGCAGCUGGAGGAGGCGAUCAACGAGCGCGUGGACCGCGCGGUGCGGGCAGAGCUGUCGGAGGAGUGGGAGGAGGCCGGCGAGGCGCGCGAGGAAGCCUACAAGAAGAACACGCCCGUAAUCUGCUUAGGAAAGCCUGGAACUGGGAAGACCACCGUGGUAAAGUUCUGCAUUCGGCGCGCCCAGGAGCAAGGCGCGCGCGUGCUCUUCGCCCUCCCGACGGCGCAGCUGUCCAGCCGCAUGAGAGCCGCGCUGCAAGACCUGGAGGGCCUAACGGUGGACACGUGCCACGCCGCAUUCAAGCUGCACGAUCCAAUCACAGAGAGUCUUCACAGGAUGACGGACUUCGACUUGGUGGUGGUUGACGAGUGCGAAAGCUUCGAGCGCAUCCUGAAGCUCUGGAGCGUCGCGGGGAAAGUCCCCGCGCUGGUCUUCCUCGGAGACAAGCACCAGCUCCCUGGGGUGGAACCGUCACGUCCUUGGGAGAGUGCCGCAUGGAAGCGGCCGCGCUGUUUCCACGUGAAGCUCACCGAGACCUGGCGGUGCAAGGAGGAACGCUUCCAGGAGAUCCUGGACGAGCUUCGGACAGACAAGCCCUCCAAGGAGACGUUCCGCAAGAUCGUGCGCGACCACAAGGCGUGGAAGAGCAGUGGCGACCCCACGCCCGCCGAAAUGAAGAAGCUCUUCGAGAAGCACCCAGACACGCGGAUCGUCACCUGCACGCGCAGGGGCGCUGCGGCCGUGAACGAAGCGGCAGUCGCUGCGCUGUGCGGCCGCAAGACCCCGCUGGCCAGGCUGAACGGCGACGUGGAACUCAACCCCGAGAACUACCUGGAUGGCAAGCUUCGCACUGAUCGCCGUCUGGUCCCAAGCAGAGUACCGAUUCACAAGGGAAUGCAAUUGUACCUGACGAAGAACAAUAACAAGGAGGCCGACGAGGUGAAUGGCAUGCUUUGCGCGGUGGAGAACUACCGCGCCGAGGAGGACAUGCUGCGCGUGAUGACGAAGACGGGCCACCGUCUGGCGAUCACUCGCUGGACCGACCGCGAGAAGGGCAAUGCGGUCUACUUUCCGAUUCGUCUCGGCUGCGCCAGCACCAUCGACAAGGUGCAGGGCGACGAGUUCCCCCACAUCGCGAUAUACCUGGACGGGUGGCCUAGACCAGCAGCGGGAUAUACAGCGCUCAGCCGCGUUGCAACGUCGGAUGAUUACUUGAUCGGCGGCUUCGUGGAGCGCGACAACUUCAUGCCCGCGUUCUGGCGCAUCGGGCCGCGGCGCGCGCCCCGACACCGACUCUUCCGCUCGGCAGCCAUGGCGUGGGGAGCCGGCAAGCAGUACUCCAAGGGCGGCAAGGGCGGCAAGGGAGGCGCUCGUGGGCGCGGUGGCUGGAAGGGCGGCAGGGAUGCUGCCGGCUGGGGCGGUGGUCGUGGCAAGGGCGCCGCCAGCGCUGACCCGUGCGCCGAGAGCGUUGAGGCUGCCGGUGAGGCGAAGGCAUACGCGGCCAAGCCCGAUCUCCAUUUGGCGAAACAGGCCCUUCGCUCCGCUAUUGCCCCGUGCGGGCCGAUGUAUCUUAACGGGGCCGAGUCCGAGAUGGGGUGGCUUGACCCGGCAGUGGUUGCGGCCACUCGUGACAAGGAGAGCUCCGAGGCGUGCGCCCGCAUGGAUAUGUGGGUAUCCAUGCUGUGUGGAACAGUAUCCACUGGUACCGACGUCGCCGCGAAGGUAUUCGACCAGGAGGAUGGCGACCAGGUGGCCCGGGCUAGAGGACUACUCGCAGCUCUGGGAACGGCCGACGGCCAGGCCUUUGUCAACGCCUGCGACUACCUCAACGUCAAGAAUAAGCCUCAGCGCAGCAAGGAAGAGACGGGCGCCCAUCUCCACAAUUUCCUGAAGUUCAUCACGGCCCCGCCGCCCGACUUCCAGGAGCAGGCAGCCGCGUUGUACAUCGCCUCCGCCAAUAUGCUGCUCUUCUCGGCGCACUUGGUCGAGGCCUGCGCUCUCGCCCAAUACCCCGCGAAGUGGGCCGAUGCCGUCGACCGCGAGACUCACCCGCCAGAGGUCGCGGCCUGGAAAUCAGAGCCCGAGAGCGGCGAGAAACUUCUGGGCGCCUUGCGGGCAUGCUUCGAGAAGCGGCUGCUUUCGGAGAGGCAGUGGGGCGGGCAGCCGGAGCCCCGCUGGGACUUCUUCGCGGACGGCGCCCAGGGCGCGGGAGCGUGCGGUGGCGGUGGUGGCCUCCGCCUCAGCGCCUACUCGGACGACGAGGCACCGCCGCUGUCGGGCAUCGUGCUCGGGCGCGCGGCCACAGCGGGCGCGGCGAGCGCGCCGCCGGCGCGGUUGUCGCUGGGUCGAAGGGGCGCCGGGCUUGUCCUGGGGCGCCCGGCGAAGGAAGCUGCGGCAGCAGCGGCAGCGCCCGAGCGCCCGCGCACAGCUGCCGCCGGCGGCGGCAUGCGCCUGGGCACCAGCGUUGCGGCGCCCGCGGAGGGCGUGGCGGCCGCGGCCGCCAUGGCAGGAGCGCCGGCAAAGAAGCGGGUUGCCGCCAAGGCCACGGGGGCGGCCGCCAAGCGGCGCAAUCAAGAGGAGGAUGCGGCGAAGAAGCGGGCCGAGGAGGCGGAGGCGGAGAGGCUGAGGCUGGGCAACGACGACCCGCCCGAGGAGGGCGAGGGCGAGGAGAGCGAGGGCGAGGAGAGCGAAGGCGAGAAGAACGACGAGGACGAGGAGGCCGAGGAGGAAGAGGACGAAGAUGCAGAGGAGGAUGAGUCCGACCUUGGCGCGCGCCCGCGCGCGGCGGAGGUGCCCCAGGAGCAGUGGGAGAUCGCUGCCGCGGUGUGGGGCAAGGAGGCCACCAUGGAGAUGUCCAAACUCUUGACGAAUGGGCAGCAGGCUGUGGACUCCAAGACGAAGCGCGUGGUGACGUGGAACACCGUGAUGAAGGUGCUCGACGAGGUUCCGCAGGCGGUGCAGGACCUGGACGGUUUCAAGAUUGCGCGUUCUAUCUGUGAGAACGGCAAGGACCGCCUGCGUGCCGAGCAGGCCAGGCAGGUUGUGGCGGCGCUCACGGACUCCGUGGACAAGCUCCAGGCCAUCGCCGCCGAGGUGGCGGGCGCGGACCACCCGACCCCGCCCGGGGAGGCGAUCAGGAGAAAUGCAGCGCAUUCUGUCUCUGGUAACACGCAAGCCAUGUGGUUCCAUACGUCCAGAAGUCGGCGGCAGCCGGGCGGACGAUUCAGCCGGGCCAUCGCGCCCUACGACUGGUCCUUCCCGUAUCACGUGGCGCUCACCGACAGCAUGGCCAAGCGCGCGCCGCGCCAGUGGUACCCCGUGCUGGAGACCAUCCACAUGACGCACGUCAUGACCCAGGCCGUCUUGGGGCUCCUCUGCGGCGCGCACAAGCACAGGAAGCCCGCCGGCAGGGAGAACGACUACCAGAUUAUUCCAGCGCUGGACGACGAUGGCAACCCCGUGGACGUCUUCCCCGUGCUGCGCGUCGAGUUCCAGGACGGUACCCACAAGGACCCGACGCAGGACUACCACGGGAGCGGGCGCCCGCACGUCCACGCGCUCCUCUUCGGCGUCGACGUCAAGAAGUGGAAGCUCCAUGAGUGGGCGCGGGCCACGCUCCCGCGCGAGGAUGAGGGCAUCGUGCGCGGCUACGUCCUGGGUGCGCAGCUGGACAAGAACAAGCAGACCAAGUGGCCCGUGCACGAGGGCCCCUCCUGCUGGGACGAGGACGAGGGGACCUACAAGCUCCGGCACAGUGCCAAGGACAAGUCGCAGGGCGUGCGGGCAUGGAUCGACGCCCUGCUGGAGGCCCUGAACGGCAGCCACCAGGACCUCCAGUUCUCCGUGGACGAGUCCUCUCUCUCGGUCUACGUGGCAAAGUACGUGCCCAAGUUCUCCGACGCCUUCGCCAACGACUUCCUGGACGAUGAGAACGGCCUCGGCGGCGACGGCACGGCGGCGGGCAUCCUGUCUCGCUACCGACCGCUGGAGCCCGAGAUGGCGCUCCAGCUGCUCGCGCAGCACAUGCCCCAGUGGAAGAUCGUCGCGGAGUCACAGGGCGCUCGCGACUUCCUGGUGCCGUGGCCAGAGCAGGAGAACAUGUCGCUGCUGGAGUUCCUCCGCAAGUCGGACGACGGCAACCAGGGGAAGAUCGUCCAGUGGCUCCAGCGGAAGCACCGCGCCGAGGUCGUCCGCGAGGGCUAUGAGUGGUACAAGACGCACCUGCCGACCGGCACCGCAGGGCGGGGUCGCCUCGACGAACGCAAGCCGCGGCCUCCUCACCCGAAUGCCCAGUCUACCUGGUGCGGGAAGAUGCGCCAGCAGAUGAAGGACACUGGGGAAGCGGGACAGGUGUCCCUCCGAGAUUAUCUGGCACACGUGGGGCAGGUCGAGUUCACCGUUCCCCACCUGGAGACUUUCGCGCGCGACUACGAGACAAAGGGCGAGAAGGCGGUGUGCUGCAACAUGCGCUCGCGCCUCAACGAUCUCUUCUACGGCCAAUGGCUGGUGCUCCACGUGCCCUUCCGCAAGCGGGCGGAUCUUAUCCCGGCGCUGCAGCUGGGGAACGUCCCCAAGGAGCACCGGAACCUGGCCAUGGCCGUGAUGAGCAGCAGCCCGAUCGCCAGGACGAUGUGGCACGGCAUCUGCGACGACGGCAUCGAGCAGGAGUUUCGCUUGGAGGGGCACAAGGCGGCCUACAGGGAGACCAUUAUGAACUACGUGCGGACGCACCGCCAGCUGAUCUUCGACUACAUCGCGGGCCGGGUGCCGGUGGCCUCCGCGAGCCUGGGUCAGAUGACCGACGGCCUCAUUCGGCCCGCGCGCGUGCAGGUCGAGCGGGUCGUACACUUGCCCACGCAGCAGCGCUUUGCCGAGCUCAUACCCCACCAGAAGGACGUCGAGGGCCGCGUGCGGAUCGGCGAGGCCGCCGGGGUCCGCGUGGGCGACAUGCUACAGCUCGGGACGGCGAAGGCCCGGGUGCUCAGCGUCCUGCGAUUCGACGACUUCCGCACCAUGCUGCAGCAGCUCGGGCACCGGCGCGCCGUGCCGUCGGCACGGACCAUAUCCGCGGUCCUGCGCAUUUGCCACGGCUUCCGUGGCUACGAGCGCCUCGCCGCCCAGCACGGCGUCGUCGCCUUCGAGCUGGGGCCGCCGGACCAGGCGCCGCGCGACCCGCUCGACGGCCCCGUCCGCCUGCAGCCGCAGCAGGCCGCGGCAGUGCGCCUGGCGGAGGAGUGCAUUGGCCGCGCGCUCCGGUGCAAGCAGGCAGCCACGGAGGCGGAGCGCGACGCGGCGCGGGCCGAGGCCCGCGCGGGCUCCAAGAUCCUCGUCGUGGACGGACCGCCAGGCACUGGGAAGUCCUUCGUGCAGCACCUCCUGGUUCGCCGCACACUGGAGCGCGGCGGCCGCGUACUCUACACCUUCCUCACGGCGAACCAUGCGGCCCGCGCCCGCCAGACCUUCGGCGACGCCGUCGACAUCGACACCUUCCACGGCGCGCUUGGCGAUGGCUCCGACCCGUGCCACGCGCGGGGCGUCCUGGAGCUCUACGCCCUGGUCAUGGUGGACGAGUGCUUCCUGCUCCAGGAGAAGCUCUUCCUGCACCUCCGCCGCCUAUACAUUGCCGCAGACAUGGUGCCGUGCGUCAUGCUGGCGGGCGACAAGAACCAGAUGGGCAGCCCGGGGGGCAGGCCGUGCUUCUUCUCGCCAUCGUGGGGUUGGUGGACUUGCACGACGACGCUGCGCUACGAUUCCCAGUGCGCCCAGCGCACGUCGGACACGGGCUUCAUCCGCAUGCUCAACAAGCUGCGCAUGAAAUGCCCGGCGGAGCGCGGGGGGGACUUCUCCGUGCCGAUCCUCGUGCGCGGUCGAAAGGCCUGGCUCGGCGAUAGGCCCACCCUGGCCGAUGUGCGCAACCUCUUCCACAAGUACCCGUGCACCACCGUGCUGGCCAUCAGCCGCGAGGCGGUGCAGGACUUCAACCAGCUCGCCGUGGCCGCGUUCCACACGGACGACCAGUACCUCGGCACCAUCAGGGGCGACGUCGAGAGCGACCCGGCCAACUACGACGAGAACAAGCAGCUGAAGCCGCACAGGCGCCUUAAGCCGAUGGACCUGCACCUGUACAAGGGCAUGACGGCGGUGAUCACGCGGAACGUCGAGAAGCCCUACUUCGUCAACGGCACCAUCUGCACGGUGGAGGCCUACGACGGCAACAACGGCGGCGUGCGCCUCAUCGCGUCUGAGGGCAGGAGGCUGUUAACGUGGCUGAAGUCCGACCCCGGGCUCGGCAAUAUUGCCUACCAUGCGUUACGGCCUGGAUACUGCGCCACAAUCAUCAAGUUCCAGGGCGCGGAGCUGCGCCACGUGACGCUCUGGCUGGACAUCGCGGGCGUGCCCGGCGCGGCCUACACGGGCUUGUCCCGUGUGAAAUCGGCGCAGGACUACCUGAUCGGGGGCUUCGUCAAGAGGAAACACAUUACGCCGGCCUGCGAGGGCUGGCGCCGUCGCUGGGGCAAGCGCCCACACGGACAGGCUUUUGAGCCGCGCCCGGAGGCUCACGUCUGA